AUGGCCAAGCUCUCCGACUACAGAGUCCUCACCUUUGACUGCUACGGCACCAUAAUAGACUGGGAAACCGGUGUCGUCAACGCUCUGCAACCCCUCCUCGACGCCAACAAUGCCUCACGGUCACGCAAGGAGCUUCUCGCAGUCUACCACGAAUGCGAAGCCGCCCAGCAAGCCAAGACACCAGACUUGACAUAUGACAAACUCUUGGCCGCCGUCCACCCCCAAGUUGCUGCCAGAUUGGGUCUAAAGGACCCGAGCGCAGAAGAAAGCGACACUUUCGGCGCAUCAGUCGGCCAAUGGCCCGCAUUCCCCGACUCCGUAGCCGCCCUGAGCCGCCUUUCGAAAUACUACAAGCUCGUCAUCUUGUCCAACGUGGAUCGUGAAUCAUUUGCCAGGACCAACGCGGGGCCAUUGCAGGGCUUCCCUUUCCAUCUCAUCAUUACGGCCCAAGAUGUCGGCAGCUACAAGCCUGACCUUGCAAACUUUGACUACAUGAUCCGCGAGGUCAAGGACAGGUUUGGCGUCGAAAAGGACCAGAUUAUACAAACGGCGCAGAGCCAGUUCCACGAUCAUCAGCCCGCGAAAAGGGCAGGAAUCAAGUCGAGUUGGAUCGUGAGGCCAGGUGCAACAAUGGGGAACAGAGCGGAUGAGAUUUAUGAUUGGAAGUUUGAUACGCUGGGAGACAUGGCUGAUGCCGUUGAAGAGGAUGCAGCAAGGAAUAAAUCUGCAUGUAUUCAAUAG